AUGGAGGAAAUUGUGGUGCAUCAUCUUUUCAAUGGAGGCACAGAAGCACAGAUUCAGGCUGCUAAUCAACUUGCUAAAUUCAGCCCCAAGCAACGGCAUAAGUUGGUCGAAAAAGGAAUCAUUUCGCCUUUGGUUUUGAUGCUUCAGUCGCAAGAUUAUCGAGCCAUUGAAGCCGCUCUCUUUGCUCUCCUCAGCCUUGCAUUCGGCAGCGAACGGAACAAGAUUCGGAUUGUGAAAUCAGGGAUCGUACCGGUCUUGUUAGAGCUUCUCCAAUGCGAAGACGAGACAUUGAUUGAGAUUGUAGUAGCUGCAUUAUUGAUUCUUUCUUCUUGUUCAGCAAAUAAGUUAACAAUUACUUCUUUUGGUGCUAUUCCACUAAUUGUUGGAAUCCUUGGUGAAGAUGGUCCAACCUGCUUUAGCAUGCAAGCUAAGCUCGACGCAUUAGCAACUCUCCACAAUCUCUCGACUUGCCAGCAAAUUAUUCCGUCCGUUGUCUCUUCCGGGGCAGUUUUGAUACUGCUGCAGAUAAUUCACAACAGCUACGAGAAAUCAUCACGGUUAGUGGAGAAAGCAAUGGCGCUACUCGAGAAUAUCACAACGUUAUCAGAAGAUGCGGUUCUUCAAACCGCCACUACAGGAGGGGCGAUCCAGACAUUGGUUGAGAACCUCGAAGAGGGUUCCCCGCAGUGCAAAGAGCAUGCCUCCGCAAUUCUGCUUCUAAUAUGUCAGAGUUGCGGAGAUGAAUACAGAGGAUUGAUUUUAAGAGAAGGUGUCAUGCCUGGACUUCUUCAGUUAAGUGUGGAUGGAACAUGGAGGGCUAAAGAUACUGCUCGAGAACUGUUACUGCUCUUGAGAGAUUACUCGGGUUAUGGCUCGAGAGGAAAACAAUCGAAGCAUCAACUUAUAGAACAGAUUAUGCAACAAAUUGAUGCCGAAGGGGAGACAGUCAUUGGAACAACUCUUAAGCUGGUGGAGGAGAUGAUUGCAAAGCUCAGUACAUAAUUAAUUCAUCUAAAUUUAUCAAUCAAACAUUACAGCCUGCAAUCACCUGUCAGUGCUGUCACAGACUCGCAAAAGAUCUAUUUAACAUCAAAA